CGAACAAAACAAGUCGCUUUGGCCGAGUGGUUAAGGCGUGUGCCUGCUAAGUACAUGGGGUUUCCCCGCGAGAAUUCGAAUCUCUCAGGCGACGAGCAUUUUUAUGAUUCAUUUUAUAACCUUUGAUGAAUUUUGGUUAGAGAUGAAGCAAAAGAGGAGGUUCUUGUGGUUCUGUUCUUGGAUUUUUUUUUUCAUGCAGUAUGAUUCACAACUAGACACAGGGAAUAUACAUAUGUAUACACGUACGUGCAUGGGGUGGUCAUCAUGGUGGGCGCUGAUAGAUGAUUUUCUGUCAGGAAAUUUAACCCUUGAAGAGAGUUAUUAUCUGGAUGCUUUAUCUUAGAGACUGAUCAACUGUGUCAAGAUGAUAGAUGAAAUUUAAACCUAAUAUGAAUUGUCAGGCAAAUGAUGUGUAAUAUAAUGUAGAAAUGUUCAAAUGAUUGCAAAGAUAAAUUACUAGUAGUAUGGUCCAGAGAGGACGUGCCAGACGUGAAGGCAAACACUUCACAUUUCCUACGUUGAGUAUUUAAAUUUAUCUUUUAAAAAUGCAAUAUGCGAAUGUGUUUCUUUUUUCUUCUCCCGAUUUUAUCGCGCAAGAGAGAAACAAAGAGACUUGCAAGAAUUCAUUUCUUUUUCUCUUUGUCAAACUUCCAAAACAUUCCAAGAUCGUUGAUCUUUUUUCCAGAAACUGGACGUUGAUUUUAUUCAAACUUCUCGUAAACAGAUCCUUUUGUUGGUCAUCUAGAGUAUUCAUCAUCAUCAUUCUUGUGGUGUUGAUUCGAUGGCAGAAUCAAGAUGUUAUUAACAGAUAAAACGGAGAUUGACAUAAAGAGAAUCCAACAUACACAAGAAUAAGAACAAGACAAAAAGAUCUGAAGGUAUGUUUUGUUGCGGAGGUGCGGAUGAGGAGCCCGCCGGUCCGCCAGCAAACCAGUAUUCAUCAGCGCCUCCUAACAAGGCCGGAAAUAACAAUUUUGGCGGCGGCGGGAACAGAGGAGAGCCGAGGAAUACAAACGCACCGAGAUCAGGAGCUCCUGCAAAGGUUUUACCUAUAGAGAUCCCUUCUAUUCCAUUGGAUGAGCUGAACAAAAUAUCAGGUAACUUCGGAAACAAGGCACUGAUCGGUGAAGGCUCUUAUGGACGUGUCUUCCAAGCUAAGUAUAAUGGAGGUGAUGUUGCUAUUAAGAAGCUUGAUGCUAGCUCUUCUGAAGAACCUGACUCCGAUUUCACCUCACAGUUAUCGGUGGUGUCACGGCUUAAAAAUGAACAUUUUGUGGAACUGGUGGGUUACUGCUUGGAAGCAAACUACCGCAUUCUUGUCUACGAGUUCGCAACUAAAGGUUCAUUACACGAUGUGUUACAUGGGAGAAAGGGCGUGCAAGGGGCUGAGCCAGGACCGGUGCUGAACUGGAACCAAAGGGUCAAGAUCGCAUAUGGAGCAGCCAGAGGGCUUGAGUUCCUUCACGAGAAGGUCCAGCCACCAAUAGUCCACAGGGACGUAAGGUCGAGCAAUGUCUUGUUGUUUGAUGACUUUGUAGCCAAAAUGGCUGAUUUCAACUUGACCAACGCAUCUUCAGAUACUGCCGCGAGGCUUCAUUCUACUCGUGUAUUGGGAACGUUUGGCUAUCACGCUCCAGAGUAUGCUAUGACGGGACAGAUAACACAGAAGAGUGAUGUGUAUAGUUUCGGUGUUGUGCUUUUGGAACUCUUGACGGGAAGAAAACCCGUAGAUCAUACCAUGCCUAAAGGCCAACAAAGUCUUGUUACCUGGGCAACUCCGAGACUAAGUGAAGACAAAGUUAAACAAUGCAUAGAUCCGAAGCUUAACAAUGACUUCCCUCCCAAAGCAGUAGCGAAGUUGGCUGCCGUGGCGGCCUUGUGUGUUCAGUAUGAGGCGGAUUUCCGGCCUAACAUGACCAUUGUUGUCAAGGCACUUCAGCCUCUCCUUAACUCCAAACCGGCCGGUCAUGAGUCUUCUUCCUGAAUUACCAGUUAACCAAUUCUCUUGGUUUUGUUUUUGUUGUUGUUCUGGCUCUCUUCCUCUCUUUCCUUCUUGUUGUAAGAUGUUGUCAUUAUUUUUUUCUGUCAACGAGAUGUUGUCAUUGGAAUGUAACUUACUGGUUUAAAGCCCUCUUUUUUUGGUCUAGCCUGGC